AUUUAGGUGUUUACACUUUCUUUGUAAGUGUUGAUUGGGCUUCUUGGUCUGUUGUGAAAAGGAGGAAUGAUUGUAGCAUUUGCAUUUGUUUGAUAGGUGCGUGUCUCCCUUGGGAGGGGUAAGGAGUUAAGUGUGCCUUCUCUUCCCUUAGUGUAGAUCUUUUAGGGUAUCGAGAAAUGAGUGAAAGUAUUGCCACUAUGAAAAGUGAAAAUGUGCUAUUUGACCUUUUAGAAAAGCAUGGUGCUCGGCCCUCUUUAUCAGGGGUGGAUUGGGCACGACAAAACUGGCAUAACUUGCAGAGUGUUUCCGACCGCAUUCGUGUUUUACAAUAUGAGGCUCAUACUCGAGCCGGGAAAGGAAAAUCGUUUAUUUGUGCGGUACUCGGUGCUGCUUUAAAAGCUGCCGUGGAGUUCCGAGAUGAAAAGCAUUCGGCAGAAACCCAAACCAUACAAGCAUUACAGGAAUCAGUUAAAGUAAUGCAAGAAUUGGUAAAAACUCUGCAGAAUCAAAUAGUGAACCUUGAGGAACAAUUACAAAGAGAGCAACAUAAUACAGUUUUGUUGCAAAUGGCUUUUAAGGAACUAUUAACAUAUAAGAAUACUAGCAAUACUGCUGUCCAUAAUUUGCCUCAAGAAAAAACUUUUCCUCAGAAGGAACUACAAGGAAUAAAGGAAGGGCUUGGCAAAUUAGAGGACUCGCCAACCCAAUUGCGUCCUUUGAUAAAAACCGAAUAUAUAUUUGAUAACAGUGAGGAUCUGGACCCUCAAAUGAAUGUUAAAGAAAUUCCCUUCUCUGCCACUGAAUUGGCAAAGCUGAGAAAGGAUUUUAGCCGCUCUCCAAAGGAAUCAGAGACGGAAUAUGUGUGGAGGGUUAGUCUCACUGGUGGAGACCAAAUACUGUUAACUGAAAAGGAAGCUGAAGGUUAUUGGGGGCCUGGAGUAUUUUUAACUACUGGUAACAACCGUGCUCCUUGGUCCCUAACGCAGAGGGCUGCCUAUUGGGCAGGUGGUCUUAACCCUUUAGAAAGGGGAGACCCUCUUGCUAUUAAUGGGACAGCUGAUCAAUUAGUGGAAAGUGUU